AUGGCAAUAGACAUUGGAUCAGCACGCCCGCGUGAAUCUAGAUGUGACUCGGAGCAAGACAGAAUCCGAGAUCUAGCGAGAUACUAUUGCACAUUCGAUCAAGAUCCACAACCAACCAGCAGCCCUCGUCUGUCGCCUGACUCUACACUCACAGCACUCACACAACUCGGAGUUUAUCGUUUUGGAUGCAACCGGUCGUUUGUUUCUAUCAUUGACGGCGAACAACAACAUAUCAUCGCAGAAGCAACCGCCUCGAUCUCUCUGCGCAAUGCAGAUGACCAUCUCCCAGAUGAUGGUAUAUACCUUGGCGUUCGAACGCUGGACCUAGAAUGGGGCGUAUGCCCCCACGCCAUACGUCUCUUCACGGGGCAAGACCCCUCACGGGUGACGGACACGGAAAAUAUAACCGCGAAUCGAACCCGAAACAUAAUCCGGAACUUUACCAUAGAGGAUUUUUACAACACUCGACCCUACGUCCUUGAUUGGCCAUACUUCCGUUUCUACGCCGAGGUCCCUUUAUACAGCCCCUCGGGAUAUGUGCUCGGCUCAUACUGUGUGGUGGACAACAAAACCCGCACACAUUUUGGAGAGGAAGAAGUUGCUGCUCUUCAGGAUAUCGCAGAUGCCAUCUCCCAGCACCUUGAAAAUGUUCGGGUCGCUCAUUACCACAAUCGGGCCGAAAAUUUGGUGAAAGGGUUGACUAAUUUUGUCAAAGGCCAUGGACAAUCUAAUCUCCCGGAUCAUCUCGAUAAACUUGCAGCUCCGGAAACGCUAAAUUUCCAUAAUUUGAGCAUUACAAGUAAUGCUAUCGAUUCAAACAACGCGAAUCCAUCGACUCCAAGUAAAUCCUCCAGAAAUAAGUCAACAUUGGAUCGAGCGUCUUCGGCGACCAAGGAGGAGGGAACAUUUUCCUUUUUCUCGGAGACCAAAGAUACAGAAGUCACACAGCCCUCGAGCCAGCCCUCAUCGCUUGCUCCGGCCUCACCGCAAUCAGCAGAAUUGCUAGGCCCUAACGAAUACUUCGUCUCCGAGACAGCGAUAGAUGAUGUGCCCAUCGCAGAACGUGUUGCUGCGGUAUUUUCCCGCGCCAGUGAGCUACUCAGAAGCUCGAUGGACUUGGAUGGUGUAGCUUUCUUCGACGCACGUCAAACGGAUUCGAAAUUCGACCUCGAGGAUGAUUUUCGAAACGAAAAUUCUCUCACCUUGACAGACACUGGGACCGUGGUCAAUUCACAACCUUGGUUAUCUGACCACCCCGCCGAGAAAACGCUUGACAAAAAAGAGAGACUGUGUCGUCCUUUGAAUUGCCUGACCACCGACCCUCUUAGUUCAGGGUCUGAUCUGACUCUUUUGGAGGACUUUCUCAGUACAUUGAUAAAAAUUUAUCCAAACGGUCACAUUUUCGAUCUCAAUAUUGAACCAUGUGAGUCGGAAACCCUACAAUAUAAGGUUUCUCGCCACCUCGCACAGAAGCUACCAGAAGCCAAGUCGGUACUCUUCAUCCCAUUGUGGGAUUGGAACAAAUCGCAUUGGCUAGCAGGAACGCUUGUCUGGACACAGGAAAGCUGCCGCCCUCUGGGUGUAGAGGAGUUGCAUUAUUUCAAAGUUUUUGGCGACUCUAUCAUUUCUGAGGUGUCUCGGGUGCACUGGACGGCGACUGAGAGGUCAAAGUUUGAUUUUGUAUCGUCCAUCAACCACGAGCUUCGUUCUCCACUGCAUGGUAUACUUGGAAGUGCCGAGCUACUGCGGACGAUGCCCCUGCAGCCAUCGCAGCAUGAAAUGGUUAAAAUGAUAGACACUUCGGGCCUGGCCUUGCUAGACACUAUAGAUCACCUAUUGGAGUACUGCGGGAUCAACGAUUUAGCGACAGGGAAGAAAUCGGGCGAUAGCAGACUUGAAAGCAACAUGGCCGCUCAAAGUUCCGACUUUGACCUCGCCAUAUUAGUCGAAGAAGUGGCUUCUUGUCUUUGCAAUGAUCCAAAAUCACGAUUCGUCACCAUUCUCAAAGACAAAUCGAUCGCGGCCGGAUCCGAGAUCGAUGCAGAGAAUCAACAUAAUAACGGCAACAACGAGGUUUCCGUGGUCAUAAGAGUUGACCAAUCCGACAUCUGGACUGUGCGAUCAGCUGCCGGUGCCUGGAGAGGCAUAUUGCUAAAUCUCAUCAGCAACGCAAUUAAAUGGACCAAGGAAGGCCUCAUAGAGGUAACAUUGUCCAAAAAGACACCAGAACCAAAGAAAAAUUAUUCUCUUGUCCACCUAUGUGUUAAGGAUACUGGCAGUGGGAUCUCACGGGACUACCUUAAGAACCAGCUGUUUUCUCCAUUCGCCAAAGAAGAUUCCCUUUCGCCAGGGGUUGGCCUUGGCCUCAGCAUCGUGCGGAAGUUUGUUAAGUCCCUUGACGGUGAAAUCGACGUUAGAAGCGAACAGGGUGCAGGCACCCAAGUGGACAUCUUCAUACCCUUGGAUCACCAUAGACAAGCCCAUUGCACUGAAGCGUUGGAUUUUCAAUCACUUCCAGGAACGUCAGAUCCACCAACCCCGGUCCGGGCAUGUAUGAUUGGAUUACAUGGUCAACCGGACCUGAAUGAGAUACCCACUGGGAUUCUGACAGUCGAUGCGAAACGAAAAUUAUCGAUUCAGAACGCCCUAUUCGACGUCUUUAUGACGAAAUUAGGGUGGGAUCUAUCAUCAGCGAAAUCUCCCCUUCAGGAUCUUGGUGAUGUUGCGAUCAUAGAAGGAGCAGAUCUUCAUCACAUGGUGGCGGAGGGACUGUUGCCGGUGACGGAAAGCGAGAAUUUCUCCAAGUUCUUCAUUGUUCUGGAUGGAAAGACAUCGCCCCUGACUAAUGACUUACCUGCGAAUUUCAUCCGCGUGUCGCAACCAUUUGGACCCAAGUCUCUCCAUGACGCCGCAGAAAACUUUAUGAAGAUCUUCAAGAUGCGACUUCCAUCAGCGAAAGUGGAUCUUGCUCCGAUCUCCCCACCUAUAGUUCAGCAAGCCUCAUUCCUGCAGCUACAACAAAGCUUAGAAUGUGAAUCAGCGACCUCUGAUCUACCCGAUCUGCCCAAAAACAUUGUCCUCAAGCCGGAGGAUCAGCCGAACGUCCUAAAUGUCCUCAUUGUGGACGACAAUCCUAUCAAUCUCAAGAUCAUGUCUACAUUCAUUCGCAAAAUUGGGUGCCGCUACGAGACUGCUCUAAAUGGUCUAAUAGCUCUCGAAAAGUAUGAGAGUGCCGCCCAACCAUAUGACUUUGUUCUGAUGGAUAUAUCAAUGCCUGUAAUGGAUGGAUUGGAGGCCACCGCAAGGAUACGCGAACAUGAACAGGAGAAGGGUCUCCAGUCAUCGUGGAUCAUCGCUAUCACUGCUGUUGCUUCCAAUGACAUACAAGAGGCUGCGUUCAAAGCGGGGGUCAAUGAUUAUUUGAUCAAACCGUUAUCUCUCGAUAAACUCCGCGAGCUAAUUCACUCAUGA